UUUUAUUUAUUAUUUUAUUUAUUUAUUUAUUUAUUUAUUUUAUUUUAUUUUAUUUAUUUGCCAUAUGUUUUAAACGUUUAGAAAAUCAGAAAUUGAAACCUUCACAAUGGUUUAGUGGACCAGCAGGUGUUAUGGCAUAGUAUAGAGUUCCCAGUUUUGUUAUAACACCUGCACUUUCCCAUUACCUCUUGGACCAAAGAUGUGACGUGGUAGGGGCGGUGAGAAAGAAACGUGUCCAGGAACAUGCGCACCCAGGUGUUGAUUCUUUUCCCAGUGUUAUGUAUCAUUACUCCAUUAGGAUUUCUUAGACAGUAUCUGACCUGACUCGUGUAUAUACAGCCGCAGCAUUGAGAGUCUUGGCACGCGGGACAGACAGCAUGCGGCUUUGGACAUUUGGACAUUGAGUGCAGUUGCAGUGUCUCAUUGUGUUAUUUCCACUUCCUCAUUACUCGAACUUGCAGGAAAAUGAAAUAACAUACUGAAAAGAUAGCUGGGUCUCGUGUUAGUGCAGCCAUGGGAGUCCAUCCAGCCAGAAUCCUUCGCCAACGUAGUAUUCCUCCUCCUUUGGGUCUCAGGCGGAGGGUAGGGGAGGAGGAGCCGGGCUGGUGGGGGGCGGGGUGCUGGCCGGACGAAAGAAACUUGUCAGGAUGGAGGGCCGAAUGGAGAAGCAGCGGGUUUUGGUGCAGGGAAAUGGAAACCCCGGAAACGAGAGAUGACAACCCCCGCGUGUGUGAUGUCAUGUCCGUGAUGGUUUACGUGACCAUGUUCAUCCUGCUGCUGCUGUUUGCUGUGUUCAUGUCCUUCUUCACCGUGAUCUCAGCCACAGUGUUCCUGUCAACACUUACACCCAAGUUCUAUGUUGCUCUCACUGGCACAUCAUCCCUCAUCUCAGGUCUUAUAUUGAUUUUUGAGUGGUGGUACUUUAGGAAGUAUGGCACAUCUUUCAUUGAGCAAGUCUCCUUGAACCACCUCAGUCCAUGGAUUGGUGGAGGGGAAAACAGUGCUGCAGAGAGCACCACCACUAAUUCAAACAACAACAAUAACCAACAGAGUGUUCCAGAAUGUAAAGUCUGGCGAAAUCCCCUGAAUUUAUUUAGGGGGUCUGAGUACCAGCGGCUAACAUGGUCAACUAAAAAGGAGCCGCUGACAUACUAUGAUAUGAACCUAUCAGCCCAAGACCACCAGACCUUUUUUACAUGUGAGGCUGAUGCUGGAAAACCAGAAUAUGAAAUAAUGCAGACAGCAUGGAGAGAAAGGAAUCCAGAAGUUCGAAUAAAAUCAGCAAGAUCUGCCUUGGAUCUCAACCCAGAGUGUGCAUCAGCAUAUAUUUUAUUGGCAGAAGAGGAAUGUACAUCAAUAGUUGAAGUAGAAAAGAAACUCAAGAUUGCCCUCAAACAUGCUGAGAAUAAUUACCGGAAGUCACAGCUAACUCAACACCAAAGCAGUGCCAUGGAAGCGUUACACAGACGAGACACAAAUGUGUUCAUUUACAUAAAAAGACGCUUAGCCAUGUGUGCUCGGAAGCUGGGGAAAAUGAAAGAAGCAAUAAAAAUGUUCAGAGAGCUAACAAAGGAAGUGCCUCCCAUCAUGAAUGUGCUAAACCUUCAUGAAAACCUUUUAGAAGCACUGCUAAAGGUGGAGGCAUAUGCUGAUGCACAGGCAGUGUUAGCCAAGUAUGAUGACAUUGCACUGCCCAAGUCAGCCACGAUAUGUUACACAGCAGCACUUCUCAAGGCACGCGCUGUGGCUGACAAGUUUUCUCCAGAUAUAGCCAGCAAACGUGGCCUCACUGCAGCAGAAAUGGCAGCAGUUGAAGCAAUUCACAGAGCGGUGGAGUUUAAUCCUCAUGUUCCAAAGUACCUGCUGGAGAUGAAGCCUCUCAUUCUCCCUCCAGAACACAUUCUUAAGCGUGGUGAUUCAGAGGCCAUUGCUUAUGCAUUUUUUCACCUCCAGCAUUGGAAGAGGGUGGAAGGUGCAUUAAAUCUCCUCCACUGUACAUGGGAAGGGACUUUCCGAAUUAUCCCUUAUCCACUGGAGAAGGGCCACCUCUUCUACCCAUACCCCACCUGUACAGAGUGUGCAGACCGGGAACUCCUGCCUUCCUUCCAUGAAGUAUCAGUAUAUCCCAAGAAGGAGUUGCCAUUCUUCAUUGUGUUCACAGCAGGCCUGUGUUCUUUCACUGCCUUGCUAGCCCUUCUCACCCACCAGUAUCCUGAACCCAUGGGAGCUCUUGCGAAAACACUUCUUAGUUGGUGGUAUGUUCCAAUCCAGUAUGUGUUGGAGAAGCUGGAAGCUGUCCUGCCAUCUAACCUCCUUCACCAUUUAUCACGAAUCUGACCAUCAUAUUAUGGAAUGGAGGAGGAAUUACACAUCAUUUGCUCUAUCAUCAGCUCUCACUUUUCUACUCUACAGAAAUUGGUUGUAUUAAGAUUUGUGUCACACUGUGUAGCUGUGGACAUGUGAUCAAUAAAGCCUGGCCAAGUUUCUUAAUAGUUAGAACAUUGGUCUGACUUGAUGUCUCUCUUGUUUCAGCUGCAUAUUUACUCUUAAACCAGUGUUGUGAUUUUCUUUUUAAGAAAUGAGUAGUACUUAAAUAUAUGCUUAAGUUAAUUGUUCUCUGUAAUAAGGGAAGAAAUACAGAGCUUAUGUGAACGUGAGCUAAAGCACAAAAUUGUAGAAAUUUCAUAUUGUAAGGCUUGGUUACCAGGUUUCUAAAUUUUGCAUUGAUAAAACCCAUUAACAUGAUGGCAUUGCUUGAAUGCAUUCAGUUUAUAAGUCAGGUAACUAUGAUAUAAAAAUGUUCACUCAUGUUACUACCAACAUUGUAUGUACCUGAAAUGUGUACUUGUAAUUCCAUGACUAUUGAGUAUUGCUGCUGCAACUGGGAAGUUAUGUACCAAUCUAUGCAAGUACAGUAUCCUUUAGGUUUGCAUGGUCAUAUUGAUACUUGGAAUCAUUCAUUGCAGUGAGUGAAGAACAAAUUAACUGUGUUCAUUGUGAAGUCCAUGAUGUUGUCAUACACAAGUGAAAAGUACCUGCAUUUUAUAACCUCCCACUUCACUUCAAUUCUUGCAGCACAGAGCCCUUAUGUGAUGUUCCUACUGUGGUGAGCCAAACAAACAGACUGCUAGACUUGAACACUUGAUUGACAAAGUCUAGGCAGACCCAAUUAGAUUUACAUUAGCUUCCAGCAUAUCUUAUCAUCAAACUGCAGACCAAAACUAUUUUAGUUAACAAAAUUAUUUUAGUUUUUUUAUCUUAUUUAUACAUGCUUUGGCUUGUAUAUAUGAGGAUGGUAUUGCCUGAGGUAUGCAAGUUCUUUUUUCUUGAGGAGUAUGGUUCCACUCUGUGUAUGUUCUAAAUUCAUUGAUGAAUUCAAGUAUUACAUUCAGGCUUCACAGUUCUGUGGUACAUAGUCUUUUCCAAUUACAUAUAUUAGGUUUUAUUUGGUAUUGAUUUUUUUUUUUUUUUUUUUUUUUCAACUUUUGAGCAAAAAAUUCAAGUGCUAAGCACCCACCCUCAAUGCUUCUAUCAUUGUAUCACUGGGACUCUACAAUCAUAUGGUUAUGGUGGACGUAACAUUCGAGUGUCCAAUUUACAUUCUUUGUUUAUGGAAUAUGUUAAUAUGCUCUGAAAACAAAAGUUAAAUAAGAUACAAGGAACACUAAUAAGCACUGCUGUUUUAAGGAACCAUCUAUUCAAUAAAAAUGUCAAGAUGUGCUUGUUCUUCGGUAAAUUUUGUCAGGUUUCCAUGAAUAUCAAAAUUUUAUCAGCUUCUCUGAGAAAAAUCAACACAGUAUUAUGGUUUUAUUAUUUUGGCCAAUUUUGUUUAGUCAUCAUAAAUUAUUGCACAUUCUUAUUUAGAUUUAUAGGCAAAAUAUGCAGCAUGAACACUUAGUUUGGGGUAAAUUUGUUUUCAGCACUACAUCACAUCAUAGAAAAGUGAUUAGCCACUAACAUUCCAAGAUAAAAGGACCUCUUAAUACAGUGCAUGUGUGUGUGUAUGUGUAGAUGUAUGUCUGUAUAAGCAUGUGUGCUUUCCAAAUAGGUACAAAGGUUAAUCUGUGCUCCCUAGUUGGCUAUAAGGUGCUUUUUUUUUUUUUUUUUUUUUUUUUUUUUUUUUUUGCUCAAUAUCAUAAAUCCAGUGCCAACAACUGUCACGUCAGUCAAUGCAUCAAACCAUAGUUGCUUUCAUCUAGGAUGCUAUGAAUGGGAUCAGAGUACUCUGAAGAUGUGAAGCAAUUUGCAUCCAUGUAAUCCUCACAUGAUAUUAAGUUGUUAUGUACAUCAUUUAGCAACUAUGAAAGAACUUCAAUCCAUUAGACUCAGUGUCUGUUGUCUUUUAUUUCUUCAAGACAAAUUUUCAUUAACCAUUAAGAAAUUUAUCAACCACAUAUAUGUAUGCUACCCAGCAAAUGGGAAAGAGCAAGAUAACCAGUAUUAUCAUCACUUAUGGCAGGGAUAUCAAGCAAACACUGAAACGUUUGUUUGAAAUGCAUUACAAACUUUCAUUCUUAAACCUCUGUGAGAAACUAGUAUGCACCUUGAGACAUAUAUUGGCUAAUAGAUUUUUCUGUAAUGUGUUGUUUUGCAGGAGUAUUUCCAGAAACUGAUUACACACACAUACAAAUGUAACCAGUAAAACGGACAGAAUACGAUUACUCUGGAGAAAGUGGAUGUAAGAUUGAUAAGAUAGGAAUGUGCAGGCAUGAGGUAAAUAAGUGGUAACUUUGCUUUGACCAUCCACAGGAUGGAAUUACAGUAGACUGCUGUAAAGAUAAACAUGUCAAAGUGAAUAACUAGAUGCUUGCACACACACACACACACACACACACACACAUAGAGAUAUGGAGACGGGGCCACACGAGCAUAAAGGCCCUGUAAAACUACAACUAGGUAAAUACACACACACACACACACACACAAAGAGCAUUUUUCUAAUAAUUUGUAGAAAUAUGACAUUGUGAAAGAAUACAAUUUUGUAUGUAAUUUAUUUGUAUCUAUUUAAUGCAAAUAGCAGUAUAUUACAAGCAUAUUGUAAACAUUUUUAAGUAACAUAUGGUUUGGUCAAUCAUAAAUAUAUUUUUUCUCUAGAAAAUUUAAUGUGAUGAAAUGUGAAGUUUGGAAGUGGAACAAGCCAGUGGAAAGUUUCAUCUUCAUGAUCACCUUGUGAUUGGUGUAAUUCUUCUCUCAUUGCAUUGAAUAAUUAUUAAAUGAUAUUGUAUGUGAUUAUAUGAUGGAAGAUGCUGGAACAGAUUCUUGCAGCAGUUUGUACUCAACUGUUUGUCUGAAUUUGCAAUGAAAUAUAUUGAAGCCUCAUAUGAAUGUGUGUAGGUGGGAGGAGUAAUGACAAAUCUCAUGUCACCAGAAAUACUGAAGCAUAAUAGAUGAAUUCAUCUGAGUCCAUGUCUAAUUUUAGUUUGGAAAGUAUUGCACUUCUUUCAUGAUUAAUUUGUGCUUUGUACCGGUGACCAGUAAGCAUAAUGUCAGUGGUAGGCCUGCUAGCACAAAACACACCUCGUAAAACAAGAAUUGCUGAAGUUUACAUCACAUCCAAUCAUUUAUUUUUUCUGUCAUGCACAAAUUAUGUCGGUGUACAAAUAUCUUAAGAACUGUGCAUCAUGUAUAUUAAACAGGAAAAUUAUUUAAUGAAUUUAGUUUUGCAUUA